UACACCCACCGGAAACAAGGUCCGCAACACAGCAGCAGCUAUGAAUUGGAACGAAACUUGACUGUUUUUAAAUUUUUCCUUUAAAAAUACUAACAUACCAUUUUCAGAAACACAUAGUUUAUCUGGUAUUGUUAUGUUAUACAUUACAUUUAGCCGUUUAGAUUCAGACUAGACAGUUUUGAAAACCAACAGCGAGUCUGUGAGUGGGAGGAAGCUGUGCAGAACCAUUUUUCGAGGGAUACAAACCAGGCUUUAUUGUCGGCGAAAAAUAUAUAAUAUAAUUAGGGAGGGAUUUACUGUACCUUACGCUUUAAAUUAUUAUUUUUUUUAAAAAACAAACUGGUAAUUACCGAUAUUAUUCACUGUUGAUAAUGAACUUGUGGUAUUUAAAAUAUUUGUCAGGGCCUGGCUUUUGAGUCUGGAAAUUUUUUGCUCAGUAAAAAUUGCUUCUUUUUUUUUUGACUACAUUGCAUUUGUACUACAUCCACAGGAUAAAGGAUGAAGACUGAUUUGUUUUUUUAAAUAAAGAUAUUGACACAGUUACGGACCUUGGUCUGAUACAUUUUCAAGUGUUUUUCUUUUUUGUUUUUGUUUUUUUUCUUAUGGGAUUGUAUUAUUUUUCCUCGUCUAACCUAAGCGAAGAUGCUGCAUCUGAAAAGGUUACUGCGGGUCUCAAACCGCUCCUUCCUGGCCUUCAUUUUCUUCUUCUCCUUGUCAACAUCAUGUCUCUACUUCAUAUACGUGGCCCCUGGAAUAGCAAACACCUACCUCUUCAUGGUUCAAGCACGAGGUAUAAUGUUAAGGGACAAUGUGAGAACAAUAGGACAUAUGAUCAGAUUGUACACAAACAAGAACACCACCCUUAAUGGUACAGAUUAUCCUGAUGGCAAUAACACCAGUGAAUACAUUGCUCAACCAAUUGCAUACCUUCCAGAGAAUUUUACCUACGCUCCAAACCUCCCUUGUCCUGAAAAACUACCUUCUAUGAUGGGUGUUAUUGAUGUUAAUAUGACUGAAAUAACAAUGGAUGAAAUUCAUCAGAACUUUUCAAAGUAUCUGGAUAUCCAACCUGCAGGACACUGGAAGCCUAAAGACUGCAAACCUCGAUGGAAGGUGGCAAUACUUAUUCCCUUCCGCAACCGUCAUGAGCAUCUACCAAUACUUUUUCGACAUUUAAUUCCUAUGCUCCAAAGACAGCGUUUGCAGUUUGCCUUCUAUGUCAUUGAGCAGGGUGGCACCCAGCCCUUUAAUCGUGCCAUGCUGUUUAAUGUUGGUUUUAAAGAAGCCAUGAAGGACCUAGACUGGGACUGUCUUGUUUUCCAUGAUGUGGAUCAUAUCCCAGAGAACGAUCGGAAUUAUUAUGGUUGUGGACAAAUGCCUCGCCACUUUGCUGCAAAACUCGACAAGUACAUGUAUAUUCUUCCAUAUAACGAGUUCUUUGGGGGUGUAAGUGGUGUAACAGUGGAACAGUUCCGGAAGAUAAACGGAUUUCCCAAUGCUUUCUGGGGCUGGGGUGGAGAAGAUGAUGAUCUGUGGAACAGAGUUCACUAUGCUGGAUUCAAUGUGACAAGGCCAGAAGGAGACUUGGGAAAUUACAAAUCAAUCCCACAUCAUCACAGAGGAGAAGUUCAGUUCUUGGGAAGGUACAAGUUACUAAGGUACUCCAAAGAACGUCAACAUCUUGAUGGUUUGAACAACUUGAACUAUACCCCAGAAAUAACAAUGGGUAGUUUGUAUAAAAACAUAACGGUGAACCUUACUCCAGAACUAGCUCCAAUUGAAGACUAUUGAUCUGAUAUACAUGGCCACAGAUUCAGUGAAUUCCAUUGAACCAAUAACGAAGAUCUCAUGCUGAAACUUGUGGCAGUUCACAAUGGGAGUAUGGUGUAAAAUUUCCAAGUUUCUUUUUUAAGUGGAGAUUUUUUGAGGGAAUUUAGGGCCCGUAUAAUCUAACAAUUGAUUGUACGUGUCAUUGCAUGUUAAGUGUCAGUGCUGGCUUUUGCUAAUAAAUUCACAUCACACUAAGGAAGGAGUGGCAGCAGUUACAAAGUAAAAUGUUUACUGCACAGCCUUUAUAAAUACAUUUAGGCUUUGUAUCACUAUCUGUUACCAUGUGAAGCCACUUCAGUUAACGUUACAUUGGGAGGUAAUAGAGGUGUUUCUCUUAUGUUCUACACAUAUCAUUUGUGAUUUAAUUUUAUUUAUUUUUUUUGUUUGCCUUUUUAAAGUGUAGUUAAUUUUGUGUGUGUAUAUGUGAAUUGUACAUGUUAAUUUUAAUUAUUGUUUUAGUAGCACCCCUGGUCAUAUGUAACAAGUAUUGUCCAUUGUUCUGGCUGUAUAGUGUAUUGCAGAUUCUAUUUGCAUGAGUGAACAUAUGUAAGUGCAAGCUUUUUUAAACCAAUUGUUUAGCAUACUAGAAUUAUGAAAUAUACCAAUGUAUCUUUUUUUGUUUUAUGUUUUGGCAGCUAUGACUACACAUUUUUAUUUGAUAACCUAUAAAAAUGAUGAGCGAGUGGCCUUCCAUGUGGGAAGGUAUAAUGCAUAUAA